AAACUUCAAACAUAGUGACAAAAAAUUCCAUGGUAGCGCCUGCGGAUUCCAAUUCCAAUUCCAACCUGCUAAUUUGCAAGAACGUUCCACAAUCUUCAAGACCCCUACUGUCCUACACGCCAAAACCUAACUCCAUCUGCGGACACUUGUAUGUCACCCAUCAAAUUACCCAGCGGAGUUUCGGUGCCUCCAAGGCACUUUGUCCUACAAGUAAAGUUGUUUAGAUUCCUCUAUUCAAUCUGACCCCAAGUGCCCUCUUCACCAACUGAUCACUGCUCUCCUCUCUAUAAAUUCUAUCACGCACUCGUUGCUCUUCAAUUCCUGCAUAACCACGAAGUUUAAUUCCUCACGAAACAUGGGUCUCAUCCUCUUUCUUGCCUUCUCAUUCCUCCUUCAAGGAGCACUUGGUGGGAUUAUAUGUGAGGAGUUGCCUGCUGAGCUCUGCUCAUUUUCCGUGUCAAAUGCUGGCAAGCGAUGCUUGUUAGAGACCUAUGCAAAGAGUGAUAGAAUGGCGGUGUAUCAAUGCAAGACAUCUGAUGUGUCUGUUGGUGUCAUUCAUGAUCUGAUUGAAACUGAUGAAUGCAUCAGCGCUUGUGGGGUUGAAAGGAAGGCUAUUGGCAUGUCAUCAGACUCUCUUCUUCAGCCUCAAUUCAUUGCCAAGCUCUGCUCCCCACAAUGCUAUCAAGCUUGCCCCAAUAUUGUUGACCUUUACUUCAACCUGGCCCUCGGAGAAGGAGUGCAUUUGCCUACUUUGUGUGAGGCACAAAGAGCAAAUCCAAGGCGUGGCAUGUUCCAGAUUCAGAGCUCUAGUGCAGUUGCAGGUCCUGUUACUUCUCCAGGUCCCAUUUCAGCUCACACAGACAUCUCUCCUGCCCUUGCUCCAAUUCCAGCUUGAUGAAAUUCCACUUACCCGGUCUAAUUUAUCCAUUGGGUUUCUGUUUUAAGUUAAACUGGGAGCUCUCACUCACCAUCGUAUUAUAUGUAAUAAUCACUUUGAAAUUUAUAUAUCAGCAUAUUAUUC